UUGUGUUCUUUUUUUUUAAAUUCAAAUAUUUUAGCAGCGAAUCGAAUUUCGAUUGCAAUAAUCACGAUUUUAUUGAAUGAAAGUAAUUACGAGGAAUAUCGUUUGGCUCAAGAAACAUUCCAUUGCUAUGCACUGUAUCACGACUAUCAAUGGAUUGUGAUCAAUUUGUCAGCAAAUGAUACGCUGCGAAGAUUGUGCCCGCAAACAGAUUUUAUGUUUGCUCGGCACUGUGUAACUGCUCGGAUAAUGGAAGAAAGAAGUGGCAUACAAUGGUUUUUGUUCAUUGAUGCUGAUAUGGGUGUUGUCAAUCCGAAUCAUCUGAUCGAAAAGUGGAUCGAUAAUUCUGUAAAUAUCAUUUUUUACAAUCGAAUAUUCAAUCACGAAAUUAUGGCUGGAAGUUAUUUAGCAAAGAAUACGGUGUAUUCACAGAAUUUUCUUCGAUUCUGGGCUGAAUAUGAAACGAGGCUGCCAAAUUCAGUUCACGGCUCAGACAACGGAGCAAUUCAUAAAACCAAGAAAUUGCCAGACAAUGCGAUUGUCCUGUUGAUUUUAGCUGUCGAUCUUCCCUAAUU